AUGGCCUCCUGCAUAGCCACCGGCGUCCGCGAGCCCAGGGCAGCGCCCAGAAACAGCACCAUUGAUGAAUACGAGGAGAUCUGCUGCCUCGGUAUGGGCGCCUUCGGCGCCGUCUACAAGAAGGUGCGCCACCGCGCCACCGGCCAGAUCGUCGCCAUCAAGCGCCUCACCGACGCCGUCGGUUUCGUGGCCCAGAUACCGCUCCUACGAGAGGCGGGCUUACUGAAGAAGAGCUGCCGCGACAACCCGUUCGUCGUCGGCUUGCUGAGCAUCGCCCGCAACCCGGCCACCAUGGACAGCUUCCUCGUGAUGGAGUGUGUCGGCCCGAGCCUCUGCGACCUCCUCCGACAGCGCCACCACGCCGGGAUGCCGCCGCUACCUGAGGCGACCGUGCGCGCUGUCAUGUGGCAGCUGCUCACGGGGGCCAAGAAGAUGCAUGAUGGCCACGUCGUCCAUCGGGAUAUCAAGCCGGGAAAUAUCCUGGUCAGCGCCGACGGCACCAUCGUAAAGAUAUGCGACUUCGGGCUCGCCAUGGGCAUGGACGUGCAGGAGCCGCCGUACGAGGCCACCGGCACGCUGUGGUACAUGGCACCCGAAAUGCUGCUGGGAAAGCCCGACUAUGACGCCCGCGUUGACACUUGGUCACUCGGCUGCGUGAUGGCGGAGCUGAUCAAGGGGUCCCGUCUAUUCGCGCACUCCGAUGCAGCAAACCAGCUUGCCGGCAUCUUUGAGGUGCUCGGCGUGCCAGAUGAAACGGCAUGGCCGUGGUUCUCGUCCACACCGUUCGCCACCCAGAUCGUGCCGAUACAGGGGCGCAACCUGCUACGCGAGUUCUUCCCCGAGACGAAGCUGUCCGAGGAAGGGUUCCAGAUUUUGAACUGUCAAGCGGAUCCAACGGCCGGACACCUGCGCGUCGUAUCUCACCAGUCCACCGUUCCCUUCGCUGAACAAGUCGAGCCCAAACACUCCCCUCCCCUCCUCUCCUCCUCCGCCCCCGCCUUCUGCUCAUCCUCUUCCUCUAGAAGCGACGACGGUGAUGACGGUUUCGGGCACAGGCGCGGACGCGACCUUCCAACCUCCAGGCAGUCGCGCGCUCCCGGGAGGCCCAUUUCCGACGACGAGGGCCCGGAUCCCUGCGCCGCCACAGCAUCCGUCGGCCGCGGUUGCGGGGAGCCUGCGGUUCCCUCCUCUCCAGGCAUCCCGUCCUUCGCCGUGUUCUCUGGCGUCGGUCGCGGCCGUGGAUCCCCACUGCCUCCGCCGCCACCCCAGGACUCCCCCAAGCAACCGACCUUCACCAAGCCCUUCGACAAUGCUCCUGCGAGCCCUGAUCCGGAGCCUCCGAGCCUCGAUCCCUUCUCCUCAGCGCCGCCGCUGCCCCGCACGCUCCCGUUCUCCGGUGCCGGGCGCGGUGCCCCUCGGUCGCAGCAGCCUGCGCCUGAUAACCGGUUCAUCCGGCGCAGCGAGGCGGCGAAACAGGCUGCUCGCCGAGCCGAGCGGCCCUCGGCUCCCAGCGCGCAGCAACCGAAGUUGUCGCGACAGGAAGCCGUGAAACGUUUCACGGUUGAACUCCUGGGCGGCGGGGGCCGCAGCGGCGAAGAUGGCAGAGGUCGUGGUGGCGGGGGUCGCGGCUCCCGUGGCUGUCGCGGCCGCGCGGGCGGCGGCAGGUGGCCCGGGCGCGGGGACCGCGGGUCUGUUGAUGUGGAAGACGACCGGGAAGCGAUGUACUCGGGGGACAGCUUGGUGAUAGGCUAUAACAGCGUCCUCGGCGAGGACAAGGUGAAGAUUAUGGAGCACAUGGAGGCAACAGAUAAUGCGCUGCCACAUUCAGGCUUUGUUCGUUUACACCAAUCCCGCUCUGGAUUAACAUGGAUUGGAAUUAAAUCCAUGCCUCAAUCCAUGCCCCAAAAUAAUCCAUGACUACUUAAAUUUUUUUAUUCGGUUAAACCCAUCAUGGAAUAUAACCCAAAGGUUUGGGGAUUUUUUAAACUAUGGAAGACAUGGAUUCUAUCCAUAGCCCAUUAGGUAUGGAACAAAUCCAUGAGAUAUUGCACAAGUUUACAUUAGAAUCCAUGGAUCAAAAGAAUAACUAGCUUUGAAA